AUGGCCCAAUCAACAGAAAUAUUCGAGCAACUGCGGUCCUACCGUUUCACAGAAGACCCGGAGUUCGCAAACGGCCUUGCCAUCAUCCUCGGCCACCCGGACAGGAAGGCUACAGCGGAGGAGAUAAACCAGGAAGAUGAUCUCGUGCUCCAGGCCAAAUGCUUCUUUUUCUCACGAAAUAAACAGCUCUCGCCAGCGAUUGAUUAUGCAGGUUAUAAGACUUGGUUAACGUCAACUGCACCGGAUAAUCAACCUCGGGAAUUGAAGCCCAUUAAAAUCUCGUCCAGCUCUUCUGUUGAUGCCGAAGAAUCACCAUCACCUGAUCCUUCUUACCCGUCUUCUUUUGUGCAUAUUGCGGAGCUCAUUGCUACCGGGCAACCCAUUCCUGGGAUCCAAGAGAUCCCAGAUACGGUGUUGGAGGGGCACGACAUUACAAGUGAGAAACCUCGAAGACAGAAGCCAUGGGAGAGAAAUGAGGCAUAG